AGCACCAGACUCACUUAAGACUGAUGCGAAAUGAAAAUGACAGAUGUUUUCAAAACUAAACCCCUGAAAUCAAACAUGCUAGACAGUAAUGUUAUUUCGAAACAUGUCUAAAAAUAAUAUUUAGAUGAGACAGAAUGUGACGGAAAUGGCAGGAGGAACGCGAAACCAAGGCUUCUCUCUCUCUCUCUCUCUCUCUCUCUCUCUCUCUCUCUCUCCCUCCCUCCCUUCCUCCCUCCUCCUCCUCCUCCUCCUCAUUCCACAGAGUGGCAGCGCUGGCAUAGCAUCGUUCAAAAAACCCUGAGCAGAGCUGGAAACGAGCUGCGGCGGCUGCCUGCGCGCACCUCUUCCCUCAGAUCCCCCGGGGCCGUCAUAUAGCCGGUGAGCGAAAGAAGGAGAAGAAGAAGCCCGAGAGUGGAUAGAUGAGACAGGAGAUCUGCGCUCAUCCCGGGCACAGCGUGAGAAGAUACAGUUAUUUGAGGGGAAAUAGCAGAGCUGCUGUCCUGUCCUCAUCGGCCCUGCGUCGGGAGUGGGAAGAGACGGGACCUCUGCGCUGUGAAGAGUCGCUCCUGUGCCGGGCAGCAGUGCGCGGACAGCAGCCACAGACUCAGCGGACGCGCUGAAAGAGCAGGAGCAGAUAAAGGAAGGUGGAGGAUAUUUUACGCACAGCAGCACUCAGUAGCUCCUUCUGACACGCGGCCACUUACUGGGAGUCUCCUGCUCCGUUUCGGCACAGCCGGAUUUGCAUUUGACCAAAGUCCACAUACAGCAGGCGGCUGGGAUGGAUUCCUUCAUCAUAGCGGCUCUGGCAUUGUGCUCCCUAACGGCACCAGCCUGUGGGGACAAAGGAGCCAGCAAAGCCCGGAGUUGUUCGGAUAUCCGGGUGUUUUAUAGCGGGAAAGGUUUCUCCCUGGAUGUUGUCCCCCAAUCUGAAAUAUCAGGGGAGCACCUGCGCAUCUGUCCCCAGGGUUACACCUGCUGUACCAGUGGCAUGGAGGACAACCUGGCCGUACUGAGCCGCAGGGAGAUGGAGGGGCUGCUCAAAGAUGCCGGCCGGUCCUUACAGAUCUCCCUCACCGGACAGUACAAGGCCUUUGAUGGUUACAUCCUGGAGUUGCUGAACCGCUCGGCGAUCAGUCUACAGGAGACUUUCACUCAGACUUGGGGCUCCUUAUACUCCCAGAAUUCCCAGGUCUUCUCUGACCUGUACACGGAUUUGAGGCACUACUACCGAGGCUCCAAUGUCAACCUGGAAGAGGUGCUCAAUGAAUUCUGGGCCAGGCUGCUGGAGAAGCUCUUCUACCAGGCGAACAAGCAAUAUUUCAUAGGUGAGGACUACCUGGAGUGUGUGUCGAAGCAGAUAGAGACACUCCGGCCCUUCGGAGACACACCUCGCAUGAUGAAGAUGAUGGUCACACGCACGUUUGUGGCAGCACGCUCCUUUGUUCAGGGGCUGGUGGUCAGCGGGGAGGUGGUGCGCAAGGUGUCCCAGGUGCAGCUGAGCCAGGAGUGCAUGCGGGCCAUAAUGAGGAUGACUUACUGUCCCCACUGCCGCGGCAUGGCCUCCGCCAGACCUUGUGCCAACUACUGCAGCAACGUCAUGAAGGGCUGUCUGGCCAACCAGGCUGACCUCAACACCGAGUGGAGGCAUCUGGCAGAAACAAUGAUACAGGUGGCUGAUCGCUUUGAUGGCCCAUCUGGUGUGGACAGCGUGGUUCUCUCUCUACCAUAUCGCAUAUCAGAAGCCAUGCUUACCAUGAUGGAUAAUAUAGAGACCAUCAACAGCAAGUUGUUCCAGGCAUGUGGCAACCUCAGAGAGGGAGGAACCAGCAGCACAGGAGUCGACGAGUCCAUGAAGAGAGGGAAGGUUAUGGUGGAGGACAAGCUGGGAUCCAGCUCCAGCAGAAUGGACAAACUGGUGUCUGACGUAACCAUGAGACUGAGGGAUUUGCAGCCGUACUGGGUUUCUCUCCCCGGCCUUCUGUGCAGUGACAGAGUGGCCACUGGAACAGGAGCCGAGGAUAAGUGUUGGAACGGCAUGAACCGUGCCAGGUACCUUCCAGAGGUCAUGGGUGAUGGCCUAGCCAAUCAGAUCAACAACCCUGAAGUGGAAAUUGACAUCACCAAGCCAGAGAUAACAACACGCCAGGAGAUAAUGCAGCUGAAGAUCAUGACGCACCGCCUGAAGAACGCUCUCAACGGCCAGGACGUGGACUUUCAGGACACCAGUGAUGAUGUCAGCGGCUCAGGAAGCGGCAUGUGCGCCGACGACUCGUGCUCCCGGGGCCCGCGCCUGGUGGUCCCCGUCACCGACCGACCCAUACUCUACGCCUACCCGCCGGAGAACAAGAAGGUCUUGGCCUCGGCCAACCAGAACCUCCCCUGCGUCGCCAUUUACCUGCUUUCACUUCUCGUUUUGCUGCUCCGGCGAUAAUUGACGGGGGGAAUCUACCAACUGGGACUGAGUUUGGGACACAGGGGUUGGGGAGAGUCUGACAGGGGAGGAAGGAGAAGCUGGGGGGUUAGUUACUUUGCCAAAACUAAACAAGUAUAAGGAAACAAUUUUAAAAAAUCACUUGGAUGGACUUCCUUUUGGUUUUGCAUUAGAACAAAAUGGAAUUACGAGUAUUCAUAAAUGUUUCGGUUCCGCUCUUUAAUUUCUUGCUAUAUUAUGACACCAUUAGAGCUGGUCUUUUCGCAUCUUCUAAUGUUUUGUUUCUGGUGUUUGGGUUCUCUGAGAUUAUAUCUGUACCUAAGACAUGUGUAAGACUAUAUUGUUAACAGUAUGUUGGUGUUGACACCACGGGGAGAGGGAGAAUGGGGCUUUGCAGUGGCGCUCAGAUACAUAUAUUUGAUUCCACUACUUAAAAACAGCACUUGUAUUCCAGUAGAAUUAUUUAUUUAUUAAUAACUCGAACAAUAGACCCCAGAGUGCUGUGAUCACUCUCCGAUAUUUAUAGGCAUACCGCAAACUCAAAUGGCAUAAAAUAUUGAUGACUUUUAAAGAAGGAUAAUCUGGUCAGCGCCACCCACCAGGCCUCUUAAUGCAUUAAGCCUCACCCAGCGAGGAUGAGAGCACUCCGCGUCAGCACUUUUUGCCAUUUCAUCAUGUAAGCUGUAAUAAUAACCGUGAUCACAUUCACACUGACAUGAUCGUCUAAUGUGGGAGUAACGUGACCCGUCCGCCACUCCAUCCAUCCGCUCAUCCCUACAUUCCCCCGCCCCCCUCACCCCUCCUGCUCAGGCAGAUCUCCCUCUCUCUCUCCAGACCCCGCUGGCUGCGUCGGAUCAACUCGAGAGUCUGGUGUAAGCAAAACACAUGCUAGAGCGAGCCAGGUCUCAGAUGACAGCAGCGUCCCACUAUAGAGCACUGUAUCUGAAGCGGGGGUGUCGGUUUAAGAUAGCCCCCACUGCAAAGGAUUGACAGUUAGUGACUUUGGAAACGUGUAGCAGGACAGAAAUGUACACAGAGGCAGAAACACUGCUGUCAUGUAGCGCUCUUUUUUUUUUUUUAUUUCUUCUGUAUUCUUUUUAUGUGCACAGCAGAGCAAAAAUAUAACAUGCAUAAGUUUGUGUGGUCCUGCAAAUGUCCAGUGCUGCUGUGAUUAACGUCAUGAUUGCGACUAGCAACGUCAUGCAUUUUGUCUGAUUGCAGCAAUGAUCCAUAUCACAGUAAAAGCCGCACCAUGCACGCCUCUGAAUUGUACGACUAUUUCUAUGGCAGACACAGCAGUGUGCAUAUUUUUGAUCGCUUCUUUGUUGUUUUCUAGGGGAAAAAAAAUAGCCACUAAGGUAUCAACAUUUUUAUAAUGGCCAGAUCAUUGUAUGCUAUAACUCUAAUUUCAUCAUCUGUCACAGUGUAUCCAUAUCUGCCUUCCAUUUUUCCGCUACUUUUCUAUAUCAGUGCCUCUUUCUUCCCACCCCCUACAUCCUCUGCCCCCCUCCCCGCUCAUCAGUUAUAAUGACCUUUAAAAUGUUCCUCAUGCUUCUACAUGAUGGCAAGACAAUACGACGAUGACACAGUGCUUCAUUACGUGUCAACCUUACUGGGAAUGUUGUGGGAACACAGAGCAAGGCUUUUCUCCUGAUGAGGAGCUUGCUGGGGAGGGCAACACAUACCACGUUUUAAUUCAAAGAAAUGUCAAAGCUCUCGCGUGAGAACGCUGCGUGCAGGAUGACGGGUCAAUGCUUGCAUGUGUGUACAUGUACGUGCGUGGAUGUGUGUGCUUGUCUGUGAUUGAUAGGGCAAACGAGGGACGGGCGAUGGAGACUUUAUAAAUCAUGUUCGGAUGGCACAGCAAUGAAAUGUAUUGAAAUGCAUUGGAACAACAUUGUCUGACGGAGUGCUAUUCAACCGACAGCAAUGGGAGAUUAAUGCAGCUCAUUUUUCAAAAAUGGGAAUUUCAACCUACUUCUGUAAUAACUCCCAAUCUGUAUUGAUGGUGUCAUAGCUCGCCAGUAUUGUGUAUGACAGAGAAAGUUAAUGUGGAGGACAGAAAUGGACAGUUGCACACUGGGACAAUCCACUAUCAUUCAUUGUAUGACAGUUGAUAAUACUGAAGAUCCAAUUAAGUAGUCGGGGGCUCUGUCAAAGUUUGAGCAGAACAUCUGUUAGCUUCUCGGUUAAUUGCUGCUCUUCAGAUGGGUGAGGUUGUUGUCAUGCGUGUUACCUGACAGGUUUUUUUGUUUGUUUGUUUGUUUUUUGACAGGCUUUAUUAAUGACUGCUACGUUUGCUGUGCGUAUGCGUGUUUGUGUAUGCUCGUCCACGUGAGUGCAUCUGUCUUUCUGUUCGUCCCUGGUAAAGAGAAAUCUGCCUGUGACUGCCUUUGACACUUUGUCUUGUGUUGGGGUCAAUUUUGAGAUUUUAAAAAGAGAGAUUUUAAUAAUAUUAGAUCUUCCAGUGGAGUAAGAAAGAAAAAAAACCCCACACAUUUUGAACCAAGAAGAAUUAGCAAGCAAGAGCGCCGCAUGGGUCUUCUUUUUGCGACCCCUCUCGAAAAAUCUGUAUUAUGAAUGUGAAAGUGCACGUUAAGCCCGGUAAAGAAAGAGAAAUGACUCCAACUGUGAUGGUGACAUUCCAAUUCAAAGACAACUUGUGACUCACAACUUCAGUUUCAAUGACUGCCUCACAAUGUCAUCGGCUGAAAUUUGCACAACCCCCGCCCCCUCCCCCACCCCUCCUCCUUCACCUUUUGAUCUCAUUAAUUUGUUGCUCAAAGUCCCCCUUCCCUUUUAUAAAACCUGCACUUUUAUGAGGCCAAUAAAUGGCAUUGUCUGCACAAAGGCAUCACAAGAUGGUCGAUCAAUACGCGAGUCAACACCUUCCAGAAACGACUAUUGAUUGGGGAUGUGUGUAUGCAGAUAGAUGUGGCCCAGCAAGACGUCUCCUGUUCAGCGAUGGUGGAACAGUGUAAACACAAAGCCCCUGUGUGUGAGAGGAGGCAGGGGAAAGGUUUGCGCCGAGCGCUGAUCUCACAUCGGUUUGCUGUGCGCCUCAACCCCUGCCCUCAUUCAUUAGGUGGCUGAUUAUCCCACCUUUAAGGACAGCUGUAUUCUACACUGAGUUGAAUAUGAGAGGAAUUUCUUAAAGGUGCCAAUUUAUGAGGGGAAAAAAAAAGUACUUUUAAUUUUGUUGUUUUUAUUUCCUUUGGUUUUGUUGUUAACAGAAAUCUAUGGAGAGUUUGUGCUUAUGGUGAAGAUAGACGCCAGAAAGAGGUUGAAAAAUACAAAUGUCUCAUUUGCUGUUGUACCUGAAAUCUUGUGUCAAUUAUAUACAUUGUAAGAUUUUCAACA